UGCCCAAACAAUAGUGAAUUAAUUUGAGUAGAACUUUGAAAAAUAUACAUAUUUGGUCUUUGAAUGUAGGACUUGAGAUUAACCCCAAUAAAUCUGCAGCUAUAUGUUUUUCCAAAAAGAAUUACAAUGUUAAUUAUCUCCCCAGACUUCACCUCAACACUCGAACCAUAGCAUGGAGAAAUUGCAUCACAUAUUUAGGAGUGAUUUUUGAUCCAAAACUGUCAUGGGAGCCACAAAUUAUAAACAUGAUACAGAAAGUUUCAGGUGGGUUGAAUAUGAUGCGAUUGACCAGAUCGCCAAUGCUGCACUCCUAGAACCACGGGAAAAUAUAAAAUUGAGUUUUAGGGAAUUCUUCUCUAAAUUAAAGCAUAACAUCUGGAAUGCUUGAAGUGACAGAUGGAAACAUAUAGGAUUAGGGAAAGGAGUUAAUUUCACCUCACAUUAUUCUACUCCGCCAACUAAACCCUGGUUUCAUAAGCUCGAUCUGAAUAGAAGAGAAAUCACAACUAUGUGUAGACCGAGAAGCAAGCAUUGCUGUUCUCCGGCUCACCUAAAUAGAAUUAAAGUCUAAACUCUCCGGAGACUGUGAAUGUGGAGAACUGGGUGAUUUAGGUCAGGUGCUGUCUGACUGUGCUCUUCAUUGGGAGAAAAUCACAACAGUUGUAUGAGUCACUCAUUAGUGCUAAUUUUCCUUCGCCUCUGCAUAUUAAUUCAAUUUUAUUUCACCGCACUCAGUUGGAUUUUGCUGCUAGAAUGGUUUGCCGCUUUUUAGAUGCAUGUGGAUUAAAACUUUGAAUAUUGUUUUCAUAUUUUCUAAUUCUUUCGUCCAAUUUUUUUUCUGUAUAGCCGUCCAGUAGGAUGAUGGUAUCGCCCAGACCCUCUUUACGGAGGCAUCCUUCAUGGAAAUAGUUUAUUGCACACCACUACCGAGAAGCUGGCCGAAUUGCCUUAGCAGCAGUGGCCAAAAAAACCGUAAUUAAAAAAAAAAUCUUUAUGUGUUAUUAUUAUUGUCACCUUCCCAAAGUUUUAGGUAUAAUGUAUUCCUUAAUGUAAAUCUCUAAGGCAAAGUUAAGCCUGUAUAAUGGUUUUUAGAUUUUGGUGUUGGUAUGGUUCAAUUCAACAUUGUGAAAUGGAUUCUUUAGGCAAACAAACUGAUGAGGCAUUUUCUGGUCUUGAUUUGUAUUUUUUGAAAAUCGGUGAAGAUCAUAUGGAGAAAAUCAGAAAAUAUGCAUUAGCGUUUCGGUCUCACAUAAACAGAUAUGCAGGAAAUUAUGCAUUGGCUCAAAUUGAAACUAAAAGAUAUGCUAUAAUUGAUUACAAAUUUCUAGUAAAUGAUAAUGAGUUUAUAAAACAAUGGACUACUUUUACGGAGGACUUUACUAAUGAUACUGAUUUUACUGUAAAGUGUCUUGGGCUUGCAAUUCACGUUUAUAUAAGGGAGGUGCUUAAACAAUCUAAAUGUGAAGAAAUUGAAAAGAAACUACCACUUGUAAGAGCAAGAGUAAUUAAUUUGGAGCCCAUUAUCCAAUUAAGUGAAAUUAAGGCCAGUUCUUAUGGUAAAUGUUUGUCAUUGAGAGGAACAGUACGUAAGGCUAGUGGUAUUAAAAUAAUCUGCAGUCUACUAGAAUUUCGGUGUGCAGUGUGCCAGUCAACACAAAUCUGGAAACAAAACAAUGGUGUCUACACUCCCCCCGAUAAAUGUAAAAAUCAAGGUUGUCGAUCUGCGGGCAACUUUGAAGCCCUCUACAAAUCAAAACAUACAAAAACUAUUGACUGGCAGUCAAUAGUGAUCCAACAGACUGAAUGUGAAAUGGCUCGAAUUCCUCCAACAUUAGAAUGUGAACUUAGUGAAGAUUUAGUUAGAUCUUGUGCGCCUGGGGAUGAUAUCAUAGUUUCUGGAGUCAUUAAGGCUAGACAUAUAAAUGACAAUAAGGGUAAAAAUAAGAACUCUGAAUUUGAUUUAUAUUUAGAUGUAAUUUCAAUUUAUAAUCAUAACGAAAAAAAUAGCAGUGACCCUUAUGAUAGAAUCACCUUUACUCCGGAAGAUUAUUUUUCAGUAAAACAAAUCCAUGCUCAACAAAAUUUGUUUUGCUAUUUAGUGCAUUCAUUGUGUCCCAAUAUAUAUGGGCAUGAGAUAGUGAAAGCAGGUCUUCUUUUAGCUUUAUUUAGAGGAAGCAAAACAAACACUUUCAGAUCAGAAUCCCAUGUGCUUCUUAUAGGAGAUCCGGGAUUGGGUAAAAGCCAGAUGUUAAAAGAAUGUGUUCAGGUUUCCCCAACAGGCGUCUAUGUGUGUGGCAAUGCAAGUACCACUUCUGGAUUAACCGUUACUAUGGUCCGAGAAUCUGGUGGAGACUAUUCCCUAGAAGCGGGUGUUCUAAUGUUAGCUGACCAAGGUUGUUGUUGUAUAGAUGAAUUUGACAAAAUGCAAUCUCAACAUGCAUGCCUUCUUGAAGCAAUGGAACAACAAAGCAUUAGCAUAGCUAAAGCGGGUGUAGUUUGCUCUUUACCCACAUUGCCUACUAUCUUAGCAGCUGCAAAUCCAGCUGGUGGGCACUAUGACAAAUCGAAGACAAUAUCAGAAAAUUUAAAAAUUGGCUCACCAAUGCUCUCGAGGUUUGAUUUGAUAUUCAUUUUAUUGGAUCAGCCCGAUCAGUAUUUAGAUAAAUACAUAAUAAAACACAUUCUCUCUGCACACUCCAAUGAAAAUAAGAAACACACCUUACAAUUGGAAAACUUUGGUGAAUCAUUUAAUCAAAAAUUUAACAGUUUAAGAGAACGUUUAAAAAAUCAUAACGAUACCAAAAAUUAUCUUUCUUCCACUGCAUUUCGUAAAUACAUUGCAUAUGCUCAAAAAUAUGUCAAUCCAAAACUUUCAGAAGACGCCAAACGAGUUUUAAAAAAAUCUUAUGUAUCUUUGAGACAAGAAUUUGCUAGUGGAAAUUGCACUUCAGUUACCGCUCGACAACUGCAUUCUUUGAUAAGAUUGACGCAGGCACGAGCAAAAGUAGAACUCAGGGAAGAAGCAAGCGAAGAAGAUGCAAAAGAUGUAAUAGAAAUUAUGCGGUAUAGCUUAACGGCAGUUUUUACAAAUGAAUCUGGAGCUUUAGACACUACUAGGUCCCAGCUUGGCACUGGCAUGAGCCAUAAAAAUAAGGUUAUAAAGCUGUUAAAUGUUCUUCAGAAAAAAUCGGAAGUGGAAUCUAAAUCAAUUUUCACGUUGACUGAAAUAAGGGAAGCUGGGGAUGCGGCUGGGAUACCAAAGGAAAAAUUUUCAAAUAUGCUGGAAACGUUGAAUAUCCAGGGGUUUUUAUUGAAUAAAGGCGGAAAUAAAUAUCAAUUAAACUCGGCUUAUUUGUAA